UCGACGCGGAAAAAGCUCAGGUGGGCAGUUAUCCUGCAGGAAAUAUGGAAGAAAACAGAGUGCUGGGUUCUUCUCCAUUUGAACUACACCUGGUGCACUUGGAUCUUAAGGGAGCACCACCAAAGGUCUCAUACCUAGCAGAGAUCUUCCCUUUGUUCCAUGACUUGGGGGCAAAUGGAAUUCUCCUUGAAUAUGAAGAUAUGUUUCCAUAUGAUGGAGAGUUGAAGCCACUUCGAGCAAAUGAUGCCUACAGUCCCUCUGAAAUCAAAGAGAUUUUAAACCUGGCAAAGUUGCACAAGUUAGAGGUCAUCCCUUUGGUACAGACUUUUGGACACAUGGAGUUUGUCCUGAAGCACAAGGAGUUCCGCCAUCUGCGGGAAGUGUCAAUGUUUCCCAACACUGUGAACCCACAUAAAGAAGAGUCCCUGAGGCUGGUCGUCAGAAUGCUAGAGCAAGUGCUAGAACUGCACAGAGAACUCCGAUGGUUUCAUAUCGGCUGUGAUGAGGUUUAUUAUCUCGGUGAAGGGGAGGAGUCAAAAAAGUGGCUGCAGCAAGAAGGAAAUACCAUUGAAAAAUUGUGCCUGACCCACUUGAAAGCAGUGGCCAGCCAUGUGGUCUCAGCCCACCCCUCAGUGAAACCUGUUGUAUGGGAUGAUAUGCUGAGGGGAAUGAGUGAAGAAACGUUGAAAGAUUCUGGGAUAGCGCAGCUUGUGGAGCUGAUGAUCUGGGACUAUGCUCCAGAUCUGGAUGUCAGCAGUAAAGCAAUUCUGAUAGAAAAGUACCAGAAGUGUAACUUCCCCAAACUGUGGUUUGCUAGUGCUUUUAAAGGGGCCACUGGAGUAAACCAGUGUCUAACACUUAUCAGACAUCACCUUGAAAAUCACCAGCAAUGGUUAAAAGUGGCUGAGGGCACUCCUGCUGGUAUCAUCCGAGGAAUCACCCUGACCGGAUGGCAAAGGUAUGACCACUUCUCUGUAUUGUGUGAGCUUCUGCCUGUAGGAAUCCCAUCAUUAGCCAUAUGUCUCCAGGCACUAAAGAACGGUGGCUAUUCAGAAAAGGUGAAAGAAGAUGUGGAACAACUUUUAGGGAUCUCCAGUCUGGAAAUAGACACUUUCAUGAGUGACGUCUCAGGGACUUUCCCAGGAAGUGAAAUUCUCUCACUUGUGACCCAAAUAGCCUUCUACCUCAAACCCUCAGUAGAUGAACUUCUGGAAAACAACAGGUACGUCACAGGAUGGUUCAGCCCUUUUCACAGAAAGCGAAAGAAGAUCCAUCCUAUAAUGAUUCAUCUCUUUCAGCCAGAUGCACUAAGGCUUUUAACCAAGUGGAAUACAGUGACCCAAGAGCUUCAGACAGCUAUGGAAAAAGUCUUCUAUAGGUCUGCUGCAGAAGAAUGGGUGGAGGAGAAUGUCCAACCCAGCCUACAGAGACUUCAAGAUACAGUAAAUGACCUGGACAGAGCAAUAGAGGCAUUAACAUAGCACUUUUAGAGACUGCUUUAUGGAGGCUCAGGAUGGUACUACUGGUAUCCUGCUGCUAAAAAGAAUGUAGUGAAAAUGUCACAAGUUCAUUGGAUGAGUUAUUUGCACUAACUGGCUUGGAAUUAACCUUAAAAUGAAUUUUGAAGAGUGUAUCCCAGUAUGCAAAGGGGAAAGCAGCCUUAAAGCUUCGUGGUGGUUAUGGAUGAUCAUGAGUUCCAAACUCAAGAUGUGCACAAACACUUUAGCUUCUAAAUAAAAUCUAAAAUAUUGCACAAUGCUCUUAUGAACAUGCUUUGCGUGUCUUCAGUGACAUCUUUAAAGCCCCGUGGCAUUAACAGAUAGGAAAGCAGGCCAGCCCAUUGGGACUAAGGGUGUCUAAAAAGAAAAGGUGCAAUAUGUUCCAAAAGAGAACAGACGUAAAAACCUUGGAAAUUACUUUGGGAAAACAGGAGCAAAAAUGGGGGGAAUACAAAAUGCAAUUACUGAAAGAUGAAAACUUGACACGUUUACUGGGAAACAAGAUGGAUCUUUUGGGUCUGCAACAACAUACAGGCUGAUCACUGUUGACUAGUAACUUCAUAAGUUCUCUCAAAAUCUUAAGACAGCGCCAUUCUAGUAGGCCUUUAAUUGCUGCUCAGGUUUUUUAUAACAGCUACAUUUCACAGAGCUGCACCCCAGGUCAAUUGUUUUGAGAGAAUAAAUUCUAUUAAAUGUUUUGGUUUACAUCUUGUUUCACAGCUGUUGUCAACUAUUCAUCAGUGUAGCAGCAAUAAUGGAAGACAACCAAAUGAAGCAUACAGCCCCUGUAUGUACUGUUAGCGGUCAGAUCUGCCCUCACGAUAUGAAGAUGGCUUAUGAAUAUGGCAAUCUCAUAAGCCCCUCUCUGUAUGUGUUUUAAACACAGAAACGCUGCUUAGCGGGGCAGAAAAUGGAAGCCAGAUCCCAGCCAGGAGCUGGAAAGUCAUGAGCAUGUGAGGCAGCAGGCGAGACCAUCUUUCAGCCCCCACACCCAGUGCAAAGAUCCUAAGACAAUAGGGUCUUCCAGGAGUUUCUGAUCUCCUUAACACAUCCUACCAAUCAUCCCUUAUCUACUCCCAUUCCUGGCUAUUCAGGGCUCUGAUAGCCACACCUAUCCAGUAAUUGCGAGCCAUCAAUCAUCAUUGAUAACUUCAGUUUUGCCCAGGAAGGCUCAAUCACUUUCCACUCUGGAGAUAGCCUUCCAGUUUAUUGUCUCACGCCAGAGACAGCUUUCCAGCUCUUUGUCUCACCCCAGACACAACCAUUAAGUUACUGUUUUGGGGCAAAAGAUACAAUCCCACCCCAGGGUAUGUUCCACAGUAUAAUUGGACAACCCGCUGCCUCAUUCACUCUGUGUCCCCUUCGGAUCCACGCGUGCACACCCUCAGACUGCUUAUCUGAGCCCUUCUCUCCCUCCUUGCUGCCCAGUUCUGGAUGCUGAAGCGAUUUCCUUUCUGGACUGGUAACUAUAAU